AUGUGCGGGUUAUUUUUCAUGCUACUGAAUGCAUUGCUUCUUUGUCAACAAUAUGUUCAAACACUGGAGAUAUACAGACCAUACGAAGAUAAUCAUCUUUGCCAAAGUUCGAUGUCGAUUUGCUCUUUUGAGUUACAUGCUUCAGCAACGAUGACCAUGUUCUAUAAAGAUCUCUUUCGUGUUGUUGCUACUGAUGAAGCUGAUGGUUAUCCAAAACUAGUAUACGUCUUCAAUAAUUCAUUGCCAGGACCUGUUCUACAUGUUUAUCAAAAUCAAACUGUACGCGUGCGCAUCUACAAUAACAUGAUGACAGAAUCGUUGAGUGUACAUUUUCAUGGUAUUCGACAGGUGAACACGCCUGAGAGCGAUGGAAUUGGUCAGUUAACACAAAUCUCAAUAUUGCCUGGUGCUGAUUUUCUCCAUGAAUUUGUUGCCACAGAUGAAGGUACUUUUUGGUACCAUUCACAUAUGCAUUUACAAACAGCCAUGGGUCUCAUGGGUGGAUUCGUAGUGCAUCCGAGAGUUAAACCGAGCACGGCUGAUGAAGGUGAAUUCGUCCUUUUUCUAAAUGACUGGCAACAUUUUUAUACCAGCGAACAACAAUAUUUUUUGAUUGAAAGUGGUCAGUUUUAUCCGAAUGAACUAGAAUCAUUAACGAAAUCUGAAACUAUUGAUUACUUUCAAUCAGUGGAUGGAUCGAGAGCUGCCGAAGCGUUAGUUACUUCAAUAUUAAUCAAUGGCCGUGGCCAAUAUAUCGACAUGCGAAAUGGGACGAGUGGCUCUAGCACGACACCUUUCGAACGUCUGAAAGUUCCAUCCACACAGGCUAAUAAAUCCUUUCGUUUUCGCCUCAUCAACGGCGGUAGUGUAUUCUCGUUGAAAUUCUCCAUUGACAAACAUCUUUUGAAAGUGAUCAGUUCCGAUGGUGUACCAUUCGCUCAGCCGAUGAUUGUCGAUCAGUUAAUUAUUGGUGUUGGUGAACGAUACGAUCUCCUCAUAGAUAACUUUACCGGAAUCGAUACUUCAGUCAACUAUUGGAUUCGAGUGAAUACGAUGGAUAGGAAUAAUAACAGCAGAUGGCACAGUUAUGCUAUUCUACAGUAUGCGGAAACUGAAACGAAACCUACAACCGUUCCUCGAACAUGUAGUGUAUCGCAACCAUGUCAAAUUUUGAAUUGCCCAUUCACUCAAUAUGGACCAGGCGAUAGUGAUGGAAGGAAUACUUUCAUUUGCCUGACACCAUUGAACAUUAGUACCCAUGCUGAUCAUCUCGAUGAAGAAUUAUUUAGUGAGAAUAUUCAAAUUAAUAUCAAUCAUACACUUUCCUUAACGAUGGUCGAAGGAAACGAUAAUCGAGCCGGUUUUGAAUCGUUUAAUUAUAUUGGUAUGAAAUAUCCGGCAUUAAAAGAUUCGGUACUGUCCAAUCCUCGACGCGCCAGAGAACUUCUUCCUUGUUCCGGACGAUCAUUAACUGAGGAUGACGGCGAGAAAUGCUAUCAUGCUCUCGUCGCCCAAUAUAACGAUGUUAUUGAAUUGCUUGUUGUCAAUCACGAUAACGAUCAACAUCCGCUGCAUUUGCACGGUUCUUAUUUCCAUAUUGUCGAGCAAGGCCUUCCAAUAUUGAACAAGACAACAGGAGAAAUCAUGUCAAACAAUCCUAAGAUAGUAUGCGAUGAACAUGCUGUGUGCACGUGCCAAUCAGAAAAUAGGACGUGUGCGACGAAUAACAUGCGAUUAGUCAAGGAUACGAUUCAGCUACCAAAAGGAGGAUAUAUGCGCAUUCGCUUUCGUGCACAAAAUCCUGGCGUUUGGCUCUUUCACUGUCAUACAGAACCUCAUCUAGAUCGAGGAAUGGCUAUUGUUUUUCAUAUUGCGGAAGAUCGUCUUUUACCAGUUCAUUCUGGCACAAUGGCUACUUCAAAUAAUCACCAUAUUCUUGCAAUUGAUGUCGAAUGUGUCGCAACGGGUUACACACAUGAAGAUCGAUCUCCAUGCAGCGUAGCGAUUGUCAACGAUCGUUGUGAAAUAAUUUAUUCGUCAUUGAUUAAACCAAUAGAAAAAGUUGUAAGUGAUCUAUAUCCAUUUACAGGCUUAAGAAUCAAAGAUCUCGAACAAGCACCGCCGCUCGACGAAGUUUUACAAAAAAUAUAUUCUUUUUUCUGUCCGAUGACAAUCAUUGUCGGACAAAGUCCAAAAAACGAUAUUAAAUGGUUACAACUACAAAAGGGCACACAUUAUUCCGAUGUUAUCGAUCUUAGCGAUUGGUUCAAAGCAUAUAAUCCACGUUUUGGCAGCAUCAAUUUCUCUUCAUUAGCACAUGAAGCAUUGACAUUAUUACAUGUUAAUUUAAACGCUUCAAAUGGACAUUUGGCUACUCAAGAUGCGAAAGCAUCGAUGCAACUGUAUUUGAAAUAUAAAGACGAUGAAAAAGCUAAAGAGGCUGCCCGUCAACUGUUGAUACGUACUCGUCCGGGUGUAUCGCCGUCGAAAGCUUGUAAUUAUAACUAUGAAGGCGUUUGUUUAGCAGGAUAUUUUCCCAAAAUGUGCACUUGUGAUCGACCGUCAUAUUCAAAUGAUUAA